AACUUAUGUAUUCAUUUGUUGGGAUUACUUCGCUGGUGUGCGUUGAGUUUUUAGUCAUCUUCCAGUCACUGCAGUCUUGUUGUGAAGACCAGAAGUGAAAAUCCACUAAAAAUGCUGACGUUCUUCACCGGAAACAUCUUUUGUACCGUCGAACCCGGGCAUAUUUUCGUCAUCGGUGGAAAAUCUCUGGAUGGAGCGUCAAGGUUGAACAUCAACUUGGCGUCCGGAAAGGGCGAGGAGGCGCCCGUGCCGUUGACACUGUCUGUGCGAUUUCACGAGGACAUGAUCGUGAGGAAUACAUCGCAUGACGAUGGAUCCUGGGGCCACGAAGAGCGCGAGGACAAUUUGGAUCCUUUCACAGUUCCCAACCCAAUGAUUCCAGGUGAUAACUUUAAAGUGUACAUCUUGGUGGGCGACUACAAGUUCCACAUCGCCGUCAACGGUCGUCCUUACUGCACAUACGCCUUCCGGACGUCGCUGGAGGAGAUUCGCUGCAUCACGAUCACGAACGACAUCCAGGUGGUCAGCCAGAUUGACCAUAGACAAGCCUUUCCCACGCCCUAUCCGCCCAUUCAGUUCGACGAACCGCGCCUCGCCUUCAGCAAUGACGUGCCGAAGCCCUUCUCGCCCGGACACGUGAUCGUCAUCACUGGCAUUCCCUACGGGAAUCCUCGAGGGCUGUUCAUCAUGAAAUUCACAGAGGGAGAGACGAAGAAGCAAGCACUUCACUUCAAUCCUCGCUUCGAACCGCGCAUCAUCGUGAGGAACUCCAUGAACGACAGCCUAACAUUCUUCACUGAGGAGCGCGACGGUGAAUUUCCCUUCGCCAUUGAGCAACAGUUCAAACUUGCCAUCGCUUUUACCACUGAAGACUUCAGAUUCGCCGUGGAUGGAAACUACUUUGGCCAAUUCGCCUAUCGCUCAGCCAAUGUUCUCGACCACCUGAACGGCUUCAAGAUCAACGUGGGAAAUGGUCUGCAGCUGGACAUCACCGGAGUGGAUCACAUGAACAUGGGAAUUCCCGAUUGCGAGGGAUUCGAAGCCUAUUCCCAUCCAGAUGUGGCCAUUAUGUGAUCAUUUUGUCUUAUAAUCAGUAAAGUUAUGAGUGCAA